AUGUCGGCCUCUGCAGCAAAUUCCCCCGGUGUUGGGGAUCGGCCUAGUGGCACCGAGAGAAUCGUGCACGAAACUCCCACCAACGCAAGCGCACCCACACAAUGGUGCCAGAUUACGAUACUGUUGGCGUUGUAUCUGGUGAUGUUUGCAGUUGCCCUGGACAACACGAUCCUUGCUCCGGCCCUCCCCGUCAUCACCGACGAUUUCCACUCCCUCAGCGACAUCGGAUGGUACAGCUCGGUCUAUCUACUGACCAUGUGCGCCACGCAGAUCCUCCACGGUCGGCUCUGUACCAUGUACUCCAUUAAAUGGGUUUAUAUGAUAAAUCUGGUCAUUUUUGAAAUCGGGUCCGUCGUGUCGGCGGCAACUCCCACCUCGGUUGGCUUGAUACUUGGACGGGCUAUCACAGGAAUAGGCGCCGCGGGACUUCUUUCAGGGACCAUCUUACUCAUUGCUGCAAGUAUGUCUUUGCAGCUUCAGGCAACAGCGUUGGGGAUUCUGGGAGGGCUAAAGGGUGCUGCAGCGGUGGCUGGGCCAUUGAUGGGUGGGGCUUUCACAGACAAAGUCUCCUGGCGAUGGUGCUUCUACAUCAACCUUCCUCUCGGCGGAGUCGGCGCUGUGGUCAUUCUUUUCCUCUUCCAUGCGCCCUCUCCUACCUUCCGCCCUGACGCUAUGAAGGGUAGCCCACUGAAACAACGUCUGGCUCAGCUCGAUAUCGAAGGCACCACACUCUUCAGUGCAAGCAUCAUCUGCCUCCUCCUCGCCAUCGAAUGGGGUGGGGCAAAAUGGCCCUGGAGGAACGGACGCAUCAUCGCCCUUUUCGUGAUCUUCGGCGCCACCUUGAUAGUCUUCUGCAUCGUGCAGGGCAGGAAGAAGGAAAUGGCAAUGAUCCCACCUCGGGUAGCUGGGAACCGCAAUGUCUGGAGCUGCGGCCUGUAUAGCGCUAUGCUUGGAGCUGCCUUUUAUAUUCUCGUUUAUUAUCUGCCAAUCUGGUUCCAAGUAAUCAAAGGCGUCUCCGCCGUACGGUCGGGAAUCAUGAACCUCCCCAUGCUCGUAUCGCUGAUCGUCUUUUCCAUUCUCAGCGGUGCCCUAGUCUCCGCCAUGGGAUACUACACUCCCACUAUGAUCGUGGGCUGUAUUCUGGUGCUCAUCGGCGCCGCCCUGAUGACUACCUUCACUCCGGACACCGGGACCGUAAAAUGGGCCGGAUACCAAGUCAUUAUGGGCGCUGGGAUUGGCAUGGGCGCACAGCAAACCGUCCUCGCUAUGCAGGCUUCGCUGCCCCCCAAAGACGUCCCUAUUGGUACAGCGCUGAUGAUUUUCUAUCAGACGCUGGGCGGUGCUGUUUUCCUGAUUGUGGCGCAGAAUGUGUUUCAGCAUGAGCUGGUGAAGAGAUUGACUGCUAGCAAUAUUCCAGGUGUAGAUGUGCGCAGCGUGGCCGCGGCGGGAGCGACAGAGGUUAGGAAACUUGUGCCCGCGAUGUAUUUGAAAGAGGCGUUAAUCGCGUAUAAUGAGGCUGUGGUGCGGACGUUCUAUAUUUCGGUUGCGUUGGCGGGGUUGGCGGUUUUGGCCACGUUUGUGCCGGAGUGGAAGUCGGUUAAGACAGUGGCAAAGGACAGGCAUGAGCAGGGCAGUAUUGAGAGCGGAGGGAAUGAGGUUCUGUAG